AAAAAAAUAAUAAAGAAUAUGAAAUUAGACAUUAUAAAAUGGGCAAAUAGACCAUCUUUUGAUGAAAAGUGCUAUGUUUACCACAUUUUUAUACUACUUUUGCAACCAAUCAUAUAUGAUAACUUGUUACUAGUUCUAAUUUAAAACCACCAACAAAUAUGUUGUAAAUGUGUUGUAUAAAUGUUAUGGAUAUAGUAUUUCUCAUUUUUUUCCAGUCAAUCCACUUGGCUCAAAAAUCCAACUAAUUUCAAAUAUUUUAUUUUUUAAACUAAACACGUGUGGUAGCCUAGAUGGGUGUUUAGGUGGCAUAAAAUUAAAUACUUUAAUAUCUUUGUUAGUCAUGCCAUUUGUUUUUUUUUUUUUUUUUUUUUUCACUUAUCACUUAAUUUAAGGAUUAUUUUGACAUAAUACCAAAAUGUCAAAAGAUUAAAAUCAUUAAAUAGAUACAUUUGAAAUAUUAGGAAUCAUUUUGACAAACAAGGUAAAUGACUAAAACAUAAUUUGCACCAAAUUGAUAAUAUAUUAAGUAUGCAUCAUCAGCGGCGACAUUUAGAAAAGACUUCAAUCACGCUGAAUUUGUACACAUAUAUACAAACAAAUAUUCAUUAGAGAGUAGAGACACACACCGCACAUUCUUUCCUUCUUUUUUGGAUAAUCACAGACCACACAUUCUACUUUUACACAAAACACCUGAACUGGAAAAAAAAGGAAAAAACACACCUGCAAAAAAUAUCCCAUUGAGAAAAUGGCAGGCCCCAAAUAUUUGCGCGUAGAAUUAUGACUUUUAUUACAACUUGCACAUGUAACAAGUUGUAAGUGAUAAAAUUGUGGAUCAAUCAUUUUUAUUCUACUACUAUGACUUGUCAUGUGAGAAAGUUGUGACAAAAGUUAUAAUACUAACUUUUUGUCAAAAAUUUACACAAACUUUUGCUAUAAUUCAUCAUAUGAUUUGUAAGACCCACCACUCACAUGUUGCAAUGCCGUGAGUUAUGAUAAAAAUUGGGUGAGUUUUUGUGGUCACCAAUCACCAUCGGUCACAAAAUAAUCUUUCAUUUCAAAUUGUCGAAACAGUGGGAACAGUACUUCACAGCCUGUCAACUUAACACCACUCUCCGGAUUCCUUCCUUUAACGCUCUGUAUAAUCCUAUCGUCUAUAUAUAUGUCCCAACUCUCACUCUUCUUAGAUACUCCUUCAACAAACACAAACGCCACUCUUUGCUUAUUAUAUCUACUGCAGUCUGCAACGCAACUGAGUGAGAAACAAAGAGUUUUUUUUAGUGUAUUUCACUCCUAUAAAUUGAGUCCAUUUUGAGAUUUAGCUUUGUUUUAGACAUACAUGGAUGUUUUAAGACAUUACUCUGAUCCACAAUAUCUAAUGGGGUCUGAUAUUUGUUCCUGGGAGUUUGAGAGUGGCAGCGAUCGCAUUGUGAACUUGUCAGACGAAGAGGUCAUGUUGGCUUCCCAUAAUCCUAAAAAACGAGAUGGCAGAAAGAAGUUUAAGGAGACAAGACACCCAGUGUAUCGUGGAGUGAGGAGGAAGGACCCGUGGAAAUGGGUUUGUGAAAUGCGUGAACCAAAUAAGAAGUCGAGGAUUUGGCUUGGGACUUUUCCCACAGCAGAAAUGGCGGCGCGUGCACAUGAUGUGGCAGCUAUCGCUCUCCGUGGCAAGUCCGGGUGUCUAAAUUUUGCCGACUCGGCGUGGCGGCUUCCAGUUCCAGCAUCGGCGGCGUCAAAGGAUAUUCAGAGGGCGGCUGCAGAGGCCGCUGAGGCAUUUCGGCCCGCGGAGUUGGAUAGAGUUUUUGGGGAUGAAUCGAGAUGGAAGUUUGAAAGUGCAGAGGCGGCAGCUGUGGUUGUGGCAGCCGCAGCAGUGGCUGCUACAGAAGUAGUGGUGGAGAUGGAGGAGGAAGGUGUAUUUUUUAUGGAUGAGGAGGCAGUUUUUGGCAUGCCGGGGUUGUUGGCAAAUUUGGCAGAGGGGAUGUUGUUGCCUCCACCUCAUUGUUAUGAUGGAGAUGACAUGGGAACUGAUACUGACAUGUCCUUAUGGAGUUACUCGAUUUGAUUGAACUGAAUUAAGCUUAAUAGUAUUGAGCUUAAUUCAGCACCUUCUCAUAAAAAAGAAGCAGCUUAAUUUAGCAUAUAGAAUGAUUGCGAAGCCAUAUUGAACAGAAGAAUUAUAUUCCAUUUUCCAUUAUGUAUGGUAUAAUGGACAUUUUUGCAAAAUAAGUUUGUACUUCAAUAUUUAAUCUACCCAUUUGGGGCAUUUACAUCAAUCUAUGAAAGAAAGUUGUUCAACGUCUUA